AUGUGGCGCGCCCCGGAAAAUGCCGGGAACGCAUACCUUGUCCAAAUCGGGACAGUUCUCUCAUACCCGAUAAUCAAGGACGAACUUAUUCCUCAGCACCUACUCCAACACACUCCAAGGCCGCGAGAGGUGGUGUUCACGCUGACUGUGGGGCAACUGGAAAUGCUAUAUGUCAGAUGGGCCGCCGCGCGAAUGCGCGUGCGUCAAGAGCUCUAUGAGCCCGCCUUACCGAUUCCGCCCUAUCCCCUGCCUCCGGCCUGGCCAGAUGAGGUGCGCGCGAUGAUGGUCUUAUGGAUAGCAAGGGAGCGCAGGGUGUUCGAGAUGGAGAUGAGGGAGUUGGAGUAUUUGCUGGGACUAAGAGAACGAACGGGUCGGGAGAGAACGAACGGGUGGGGAGAACGAACGGGACCGAACCAAGACUGGAUAUAUUCAAUGUUGUCCGCACUGUGCAAACCGUCACCGGGUGGAGGAGGACAGCCGUUGGGUUGGAGGGCAGACAUAAUUAUCGAAUUGGAAACAUUGGCCAAGUUGAUCAGGACCUACGGCUGCGCAGCCGUCCAGUACUACCUGGAGACCAACCAGAUGCAAAUAUUGAUGGUGGUGGACGCCAGCAACAGUGACAGAACACAAUUUUCUAUGUUAUCAGAAGAACUGGCUCCCAGCGUUGGACGAGUAGCAAAGACGAGACUGCCAGACGUUCGCAUGGAGGACAACUUGGGCAGACUCGGAGUAUUGAUGGUCAGACAGCACCUUGAAACGGGUAAAGAAUGGAAUGCUUUCAACAUCCUACACUUCGUCGACAAAGGAGGCAUCGGGAAGCCGGUGGUGGUGUUUGUGAACCCUGGGGGGCUGAAGCGCGCGUUGAAGCCGUAUGAGGGGGUUGUUACUAGAAGCAAAAGGGGGUGGUAUGCGCCCAUCACCACGGGCGCGAAAUCGGCCAGAAUGGCUUCUGGGAGUCGGGCGUGUCCAAAGACCAGGCUUGAAGCGCCUGAGAAUUGCACAUCAGAUGACGAGUUAUUGAAAAGGAAUCUGAGACACAUACACACGACGUUCGUCAAGAGAGAUUGCAUGACGGAAAUCGUCCAUUGCUGUAGUGGACCUGAACUUCGGAGACCAUGGAGAAGAACCGAGCGAAAAAUACUCGAUGCGGGUCACCUGUUCCUUAAAAGAAUCGUUCUUUUGUUUGCUUGGACCCCUUGGAAAGUCAAGGCUGCACUUGUGCGCAACAGCAUUGGUCCAGAAGAAGAGCUGUUCGCAUGCGUUGCAGACAAAGACACCGGUUACAAGUUGGCGGAUGUCUCCAGCUGGUACAAAUUCCUUUGGAUACCCAUUCGUGAUGAUUGCAGCAAAUUGUUGAUCGACCUGUCUCCGCCAGUUCCUCACCAGAUUAGGAAGAUAGCCGGUAAAAAGGUAUCACGCUCUACUACGACAUGGGCAGGUGAUUUGAUGAUGUCGUCGAAUGGUUUGGAUCGCGCAAGAUCCAUGCCUGGAGGAAAAUCCCCCGUCGAAAAUAUAAAGUGUUUCUUCCAUGCGGAUGUUUCGCAUUUCCAACAUAUGUUUCCUGAGAAUUGGGCGGACGCGGCUCCAAACUGCGAGAUCAAAUCACUUACACAGAAUUUCGAGAAAAAUCGUUACACUAACGUCGAGCAGUAAGAGGCCGCGAAUCUUUGAUGGCACGAUGUUUGGAUAUUUUCCACCAAGUAUGAUAAUCGAUCUCAGGUUUCCACCCUUCUGUUUCUC